GCAAACGAAGGGCACUUCAUUCUGGAGUUCUUCUCGUGAUAUUUGACAUGAAUGGACAGAAAGACUGAUUUAAAACCAUGAGAGCUUUCUCCUGACCUCUACUUGGACCCCCGUGACUCCUACAAAGAAUUCAAGGUGCCAUGUCAAGGGAUACAUUUCCAUUCUCUUCUACCUCACUGCGCUCUCUAAGACUGGAGCAAGAGUUUCAGGAGUGGGAGGGUGCUCGGCGAGCCUUGGCUCACAGAAGAGCCAUGGCUAGGGUCCCUCUUCCUCGAGCCCCUAGGCUUCCCCCCAGACAGCCAGGCCGACCUCUCCAGGAGGUCCGGGCCCCUCCACCUCAGAUCCGCUGCAGGGACACUGCCAUCCACAACACCUUCAUGUGUGGGGACAUGAAGGUAGUGUAUGCAGUGCUGAAGGACCCUGGGAUGGUCAACGCUCUGAUGGAAACGGUGCAUGAGGAGAUGGUGUGGGCUCCAGAGAUGGGCAUGUGGACGCUGAGCUCCAAGGUGAAACAAACGUCAGCACUACGUCUGGCUGCCAGCAGAGGACACACAGGGUGUGUGGAGGAGCUGCUGUUUAGAGGUGCAGAGGUAAAUGCUGACCCUGGAGGAAGCACAGCCCUACAUGACGCCUGUUUAGGAGGCCAUGCUGUAUGUGUUCAACUGCUGCUCGCUCAUGGAGCAGAUCCUGAACAAUUGUCUGCAGAAGGGAGCGCUCCUCUUCACCUCUGCAUCUCUGCACAGUCAUUUCAGUGUGCUGAGUUGCUGUUGAAGGGGGGUGCAGAGGUCAAUGUGAGGAUGAGGGAGUCAAGACUAACACCGCUGCACAUGGCUGCUCGGCGAGGUCUGGAAGAGCAUGUGGAUCUCUUCCUUAGCCAUGGAGCUGAUGUGUUGGCCACAAAUCAGGAAGGAGAGACCCCUUUGAAUGCUGCAUGUUCAGGUGCUGAAAAACCCUCUGAAGCUGGCCGUUAUUUACGUGUGAUUCAAAAUCUGCUGGAAGCAGGAGCAAACCCCAGAACUGCUGGAAGGAAGCAGCACACCCCGCUGCACAAUGCAUGUGCAAACUGCUGCCCCAGGAUUGUAGAGCUCCUGCUUCAAUAUGGGGCCAAGGCGGAUAUAGCCAACUGUGCAGGAUACACACCUAUGGACUGUCUUUUACAGGUGGUUGAAGAUUAUCCGGACCAGCAACCGGAGCUAAUAGCACGGUCACUUCUGAACCAUGGAGUGAAACCAGUGUCACCAAAGAUGCUGAAGCAAUGUGUCCUCUCUCCUGCCACUCUGGAGGUGAUGUUCAAUUCAUAUACAUCCAUCCCUCAGUGUGAUUGGAUGGAUUCUCUUAGUGCUGAUAUCUAUGAGGAGCAUCGCUCUUUUUUAGACUUGGUGCGUCAGCGGAGCGGUCAGCCGCGCUCUCUGCAGCAUCUCUGUCGAUGCACUUUGCGUCUCCACCUGGGAGCCUGUUGUUACUCAGCAGUCAGUAAACUGGACAUUCCCAGCUCUGUGAAGGGUUACCUGCUGCUGUGUAAUGAUGGGACUCUCCAGUGACUUCACAUUUAACAGUAUGGUCCCUCAUUGUGCAUAAAAUCUAUUGUGCAUUACA